AUUCUGCAAAGCACGAGCCCGGUUCGUUCUCGACCUUUCGUCUCGCUCUCGCCCGCCCGACCCCGCGGAGCCCUAGCCUAGCCUUGCCCCCGACCGCGGAUUCCCCCUCGGCCGCCGCGCGCCCGCACCCGCACCCGCGAUGAUGAACUGCGCCGGAGGCGGAGACCCCGUGGAGGACUUCCUGAUCUCCGGCGCCGUCGACGACGAAGAUCUAGCCAUCUUCUGCGACGGAGGACUUGGGAUUGAGGGUGUCAAUGGAGAUGCUUGUGGAUUUGAGCAGUCUAAUUUGGGCAAAAGGGGUAGAGAUGAACCAUGUUCAUCUGGUCUAAAAUCCAAAGCUUGUCGUGAAAAAAUGAGGAGGGACAAGCUGAAUGACAGGUUCCUGGAAUUAAGUUCGGUUAUGAAUCCUGGAAAACAAGCAAAGUUGGAUAAAGCCAAUAUCUUGAGCGACGCAGCCCGUAUGGUGGCACAACUUAGAGGUGAGGCAGAAAAGCUUAAAGAAUCAAAUGAGAAGCUGCGGGAGAAUAUCAAGGACCUGAAGGAGGAGAAGAAUGAGCUCCGCGAAGAGAAAGUGAGGCUGAAGGUAGAGAAAGAUAGGCUGGAGCAGCAAGUCAAAGCCAUGAGUGUAGCUCCUACAGGAUAUGUUCCCCAUCUCCCUCAUCCAGCUUCAUACCACCCGGCUGCAUUUGCUCCAUUUGUGCCGCCACAGCAAGCUGCAGGCAACAAAAGUGCUCCAAUCCCUGCACCUUUCCCUGGGAUGGCAAUGUGGCAGUGGCUGCCUCCGACCAUCGUGGACACAACUCAAGACCCAAAGCUCUGGCCGCCUAAUGCUUAGGGGCAGCUAGCUGCCUUGGGGUGUUGACUCGCCAAUCGCCAUGCCGUUUCAUGCAUUGGGCGGCAGAUCAGAGUAUCAGUUAGUAGGUCCCUGGAGAGGAGGAAUCAAGUUUCGCAACUCGCGUCAUGUUUAUGCUGUAACAGUUGCUUCCAGCAGUCGUCAUCAACUUGCUUUGUUCUAUUGAAGGGUGAUGCAUGUAAUUAAUAUGUGGAUCUUAACCCUCUAGCUGGCAAAUGUGUCCUUUGCUGCCUUGUGCCCUUUGCCC